AUGUCAGCAGAUCAGCAAGAAAAGCUGUUGUCUUAUAAUGGGGAAGUCCUUAUAUUGCAGCUGUCAAAAGCGAAACCAUCUGAGGGAGGAAAUAUCAAAAUGAACAAGUUGCAUGUCAGAAGAAUCGGUUUCAACAGUGGUACUAAACUGUUUGUCGAGAAGUCAACUGGGUCAUUUAACAUGAGCGGGGAAGGUGUUGAAAUGAUUCAUUGCAGCUGUGCAUCUGAUUUCAGGACAGAAAUCCUUCUCCCCUGUAUUCUAAUGAAAAAGAAAAAAAAGAAAAGUAUUAAAUAUAUGUUACUGUUGCUUCACCACUCUAACAAAUUUGAGUUGGUCCUGCAUUUUAACUUGGAUUAUGAACUGAAAGAACCCAUAAAGCUACUUGCUGGUCCAACGGUCUUAUGGAGUUAUGCCAAAAAACUCUUCUACAUUACUCCCCAAACUUGCACUGUGUUGUGUGCCCCUGUCCAGUUUUCCUCCAUCAAAUGGGCAGGCAAGAUCAAGGGAGAGGGCAUUGUUGUUCUGGGAGUAAGAGCUGCUUGUUUGUCAGAAGGAGACAAUGGGCAAUGUCUUCCUAAAUCAGAUGCAUUCAUCUGGGGUAGUGAGUUCCUUGCCUAUGCAGUGGAAAAGCAAAAGAUCCUAACUAAUGCCAAUUUUCUGCCUCAUGCUUACAGCAGCAUAGUAUCUUGUAUGCACAUCUGCAGAGCGGAAGCAGUGAGUGGAAAAUUUAGGACAUCAGUUGUUGCAGUCACAUGCAAAAGCCAGUUGAUCUUCUUCCAAGAUGGUCUGCCGAAAGAAGUCCAUCAGCUUUCAGGUCAGACACCCUGUGCAUUACAAAUAGCUGCAGUGGAAGGAAGCAGCCAGUUGGUGGCUGUGUCAUUUACUUCUGGAGAUGCAUGUGCUAUAUGGAAACACAGCUUGCAGGUAGCUUCUUGCUGGAGAAAUGUGAAAUCCAUCCUUGUAGAUGACUUUGCUGGCAUUGGAACUGAACAGAUCUUAGUGCUUCUAAAGACAGGUUCCUUUUCAGAAAGUUUGAAUGCAUUCCAUUUAACAGAUUUUGGAAAGAUUAACCAUGUGAGUAGCAUCAGUGAUGAAAAUGACACUCAUUCUGCAGAAGAACUACAGGAUAAUUACUUUCUUACUAUCAAAGCUCUGGAAACAAGACUGCAGGCUGGUUUUGCUUCUGUUCGAGAGCUACAACAGCAUUUACAGCUUAAAAUGAAAGUUUUGGUGGAAAGUUGCAAAGCAUUAAUUGACCUUGUUCAAGAUCAAGAACACAGUCUUCCAAGUGCAGCAAAGGAAGGUCUUGUUUCUCUCUGGGAUGAAACAGAAAAACCUUUUGAUAAUGACACACCAAUGCCAUCUAAAGACCAAGAACGACUUGUAGAGGAGGUUUGGUACCGCAUGAUGGAUGACAACUUAGUGGUAGGAGUAAAACUUGUGGACUCAUUUCUCUUACUGCUCAGUGAUGUCACUCUGUCUCUGGUAAUGGAUCAGAAAUGCCCUCCAACUAAGUGCCAAUGUAAUGUAGUUACAUUAAAGACAGCUGUGCAGGCACAGUCUGCAUCACAUUGGCAACUGGACCUGCUGCCUAAAAGGAUCAAGUUAGAUUUCCAUAAUGGAAAAGAGUGCCAUGAAGGACCUUCUCAGAUAAAGGCCUUUACUGCAGUUACCUGCCUGUCCCCUUUAAUGGCAUUCCAUCGAGUACAUUGCAUGGUUCUGUUGCAUGCAAAAAAGAAAAGUUGCAAAGAUAAAAAUCCACAAAAAAGCAAAAACAUGACCUUAUUGUGUGGCGAUAUUUUAUUAAGUUUGGCAGAGAUUUCAGCUGGAAAACACUCUAUUCUUCUUAAUGACUAUAAAUGUAUAGGCUCUGUGAAGGAUCUUCUUGUGCUUUGUGCAGUGUCACAUAAGCAGGCAUUUCAAAUAAUCUCCCCUGACUGCACAUUGAUUCCUUUGAAGACAUGGCUACUGGAACAAAUGGCAUGUGUGCCAGUAGAGGAAUAUCCUGAUUGUAUGGUCUGUCGAAAAUCUGGAAGUCUGAAUGGAACUCUCUUCAAGUGGAAUCUAAAAACACCAUUUGAAGGAAUGUUAACAGUCUUUUACAGAAAUCAAACCAUCUUGUUCCAGUGUCUUCAUAGCCUCUUUGGAUCAAUAUCACCAACCUGUAAGAUAAGACCCCUGAGGUUAGGAAGCAAGAAGGUACUUGCUGAACAGCUUGCACUUUUUUUAGAAAAGGAAAUGGUCACACUCAGGCACUCUUUCUCCUCUGCUCUAAGACAGACUGAAAACCGCUGGUCUCUGACUUGUAAGGAAAGCAAAGAAACAGACUGUAUCCCUGCAGUGCAACAGGUCAGAGAGGCAUUCAAAAAGGAGCAGAAGCAAAGCAUGCUGGGUAUGAACCAAACAGUGGGUGGUGACUUGUACAGAGGAAUUAUUUUGAAUGUAGCUGAAGCCCAGCUGAAUUCUGACAUGAUUUCAUGGCAGUGCUCUUCUCUCUAAUUUUGUUUUGUAUUACUUUUAAACUAAAACUACAUGUUAAUGCAUUCUAUAUUUUAAUUCCUAUUUAUGAUUAAAAAGGCUUCUGUUAGUGCAGUUAUUUCUGUUCAGCCAGUGAUCAAUUGUAAGAAAGUUCUUUUGCAAACACUCACAUGACUGCAGCCAUGACUAUAUUUUUUUGGCUGAGCAGGCUUACCACUGAACACACUUUUUGUCAGUAUUCCAUGUUCCCCACCUACACUUGUUCAUUUCUGUCCAGGAUAGCAGACAAGUGAUGGGGCCUGCAAAAACCAAUUAGGUAGCAUCCUGAGAGCGGUCAUAUGUUUGGAUCUCCCUCGUUUGCCAAGUAAAAGAUGAUACUUUAGCUGCAUGGGGGAAACACCACUAUUUGUGAAGCUGUAUCCCAAGCUCCUAAGGCUGUAUUUCACUGGACCUCUUGGCGGGGGAAAUAACUCCCCUUAAGCAGAUAUUCUAGAGCAGGGCUGCACAACUUCAGCCCUCCUGCAAAGGUUGGACUACAACUUCCAUAAUCCCUGAUUAGCCACUGUGGCUGGGAAUGAUGGGCGUUGUAGUCCAAAAACAGCUAGAGGGCCUAAGUUGUGCAGCCCUUCUCUAGGGUAUAUUCCUUGAUGCAGCAAAGCAUGCUUGAAAUAUCCAUUCUGUCUGCACAAAUUGGCUGCCUACUUGUAACUUGCUAUGCUGAUUUGUCACAGUAGGAAUGAGCUAUUGCCUGAAGCAAAUGGAGUUUUGAUAUCUUGGUUAAUCUCUUUAGGUACUGUUGUUCACAAUGGAGGUUAAGGUUAUUGGAUGCUGUAGAUGGUUGGAUGCUACAGGUGGUUGCUGGUUUUAUGCCUGUGUUCUCUGAAUACGCAACUGAAAGCUUGCUGAAUAAUUGAAUAAAAAUAGUUAAAAUA